AUGGAAGCUCGAAACGGCGAGGGCCCCCUGGAACUGCCGCCCCAGCACGAGGUCAUGUCUGCAGCGCAAAAGUACAUCGCGGGGUUCAACUCAACCAUUCCACUAUUCAAUCCCGAUAGAUUGUUGCGUGUAAUCAAUGGAUGGUACACAUACUCAACUCCGAGAGAUUACACCACCUGGGCGGUGAUCAACACGAUGCUUGCGCUGGUUCAUCGUCAGACACCGCCCGAAGAAGAGACAACCAGCAAAAACACGGCCAAGUACACCAAGAAUGCGCAGUCGGUGCUCAACAAAAUCGUCAUGGGAGAAACGACACUACUGAGCGUACAGGUCCUCGUCGGAAUGACCCUGCUGUUCCAGGGGGUUCAAGACUUGAAACCUGCAACAAUGCUGAUCGCCAUGGCUCUACGCCUGGCACACCAACUGGGGCUACACACGCGAGAGAGCUCGGCACACCUCGAUGGCAGUGUCGUACUAGAAAGGUGCCGUGUGUUCUGGAUAGCUUACAUACUCGAUCGGGACAUCAGCGCGCGAACCAAACAGCCACCUAUCCAACGGGAGAUGGACAUCGAUCUGGAAUGGCCUUCGUCUGACCCUCAAGAUGGGGCUGGCUUUUUUACCGGCGCCGACGGCGUAUCCAGUUUCAAUUUCUUCCUAUCCCGGGUACAGUUGGCCCAAAUUCAAGGAGAGAUCUAUAACGCCAUGUAUUCAACAAGUUCCCGAGGCUUGAGCAGUCAUGAGAAGCUCGAGAAGGUAGCUGUUCUGCGUUACAGACUAGACGACUGGUUCUCUCGGGUGCCACAGCAAUUCCGACCCGAGGCCAUAUUAAGCGUGGGUGAAGUCCACUCAUGCAGAUGUUUUGGUGUUCUCUUCGCUACUCAUCUUUUCUGUCGCAUCUCCAUAUACCAGGUUCACGUCAUGGAAACUCGAUGGCUUCAGACGCUGCAAACUUUCGGCAGAGAGGCCGUGCAAGGUGAACUUGUCUCACCGGCGCCAUCGCCGGUUGGCUGGCAUGGGCUUGUCAACGAGUGCCGUGAAUACAUGAAGCUAUUCGCGGGCAUCGAACAAAAAGAUCCCGCAUUCAUUUGGAUGACUGCUUGCACUUAUAUAUCUGCGGGAGUUUGCUUAAUAGCUAACAACAUGUUCAACCCGUACCACGAGAACAUUGAAUACGAUGAGUGCCUGGCAAACAUUUCAUUCUCCUUCUUGGACGAUAUGACUCAGGAAGUGCCACUUGAUGGACUCAAGAGGGCACGAGAGUCAUGCGAGGUGCUGCAGCGUCAGGCCCUUGCAGUGCGCCUCCGAAUCUCCAACCAGGAUUCAUGCCGUUGA